GCUCAGCUACAACCUUGUCUUCACUGGUCAGGACUCCUGUAUUCAAUUACUCAAAAUGAGGCUCUCUGCUCAGCUCCCGGGGCUACGGAUGCUCUGGGUAUCUGGAUCCAGUGGGGAUAUUGUGAUGACCCAGACUCCACUCUCCCUGCCUGUCAUCCCUGGAGAGCCAGCCUCCAUCUCCUGCAGGUCUAGUCAGAGCCUCCUGCAUAGUAAUGGAUACACCUAUUUGGAUUGGUACCUGCAGAAGCCAGGCCAGUCUCCACAGCUCCUGAUCUAUUUGGGUUCCAACCGGGCCUCUGGAGUCCCAGACAGGUUCAGUGGCAGUGGGUCAGGCACUGAUUUCACCCUGAAAAUCAGCAGAGUGGAGGCUGAGGAUGUUGGGGUUUAUUACUGCAUGCAAGGCACCAGUUUGCAGCCUGGAGAUUCUGCAUGUUCUCCUGUGAGUGGAACCCUCACCAGCACCCUGCACAGCCUGAGGACCUCAAACACAGCCUCCCUAGGAUGCUCAGCCUCUCAGUGCAGCACCAGCAAGUGCAGCACCCAGAGAUGGAGCCCACAGCAGGUGGACUCAGGUGAAGACGGCUGGAGAGCCUUUGAAGAAGAGCCCAUGAGUCCUCACUUACAGACAUGGGCUCCACUUCUGCGAGAACAGGGCCCGGGUCCUCCAGGAAGCCUCCCAGAGCCUCUUGCUCCAAAUAUUGGGUGCUCAGGCCCUACAGAUUCUCCAGGGAGUGGCUGCCAUGUCCUCUCUGGAGCAGCCAUGAAGUUCCCUGCUGUCCUCAUGGCUUCAGGGAUACUUGUUCACGUCACUGGGAGGGGAUCCUAGUGGGUCGUGACCUCACCUGCUGCCUCUGAUGACCUUCAGGGCACUUCCUCCUCCAUUUGGUCAUUGCCAAAUGACCCCACUCUCACCAACCCUCUGGAGGAAGGAAAGCUGUCUGCACUGCAUGAUUUUUGCUUUUGAGCAAGUCAAGGCUCACAGGGGUCUCACACUUGCACAGCCCAUAUUAAUAUUACAUGAUUCCUAUUUCCACUUUUCCUAUCUUCCGGUUUUGUCUGCACACUUACUCACCCUGCCAAUCCACUUUCUCUUGUGAAGCUGCUAAUGUGGGUUUUUAUUUCCAGGCUGAUGUGACUGCUUUGCUGCAAUACUAGACAUGUGCUCAUCACAUGCCCACAUUUUUAAGAAUAAAAUAUUUUGAGCACAAUUUGCUCUUGUUGUACUAGCAUGUCAGGGUGGCAGCUCAGGGAUUGGUUUGAAAAUGUAUUUGCUAAAAUGCAUGAAUAUUUCUAGAAAUUCAGGGUUAUAAAUUCAAUGCCUUCUUGCAUCCCA